AUGGUAACCGGAGGUACAAUAACAGCCUCGUUUUCAAAAGCUGCAUAUUGUCCUCGGUCUCCGUGGAUACAGAAUGAUACAAUCCGAAGGAACAUUAUUGGCGUCUCGGAAUUUGAUAAGGCCUGGUAUGAUUUCACAGCCUUAUCCUGCGGGCUCGAGAAGUUCAAGGCUAUGCCAGAAGGGGAUAUGCGCAUGGCAGGAAGUGAUGGUGAUUCGCUCAGUGGAGGACAGAAGCAAAUGAUUGCACUUGCCUGUGCAGUCUAUUCUAAACUCGACGUUGUGCUAUUAGAUGAUUGCUUCAGCGGGUUGGACUCAAACAGCAUCUCUGUGAUCUCAAACCAUCUUUUUAGUAAGGAUGGCUAUUUCAGAAAGGCUGGAAGAUCGGUUAUUCUUGCCACGACUACAUAUCAGUUGCUUCCCUACGCAAAUGAGAUCAUCGUCCUGGAUCAGGGGAAAGUUACUGCCAUGGGGUCAUACAACGAAAUCAUCAUACAGAAGCCCGAGAUUGCCUUGAGACUUCAGACAAAUGGAGAAGAUGGUUUUCAAUGCAGGGGAUUGUCGGAGCUCUCUUUGACAUCAACUGAAAGAAAUGCUGAGAUUGAUGAAAUCGAACCAACUGAUAAUGAAAGAAACGACCACAGUCGACAACAAGGCUCCUGGUCUGUGUAUGGGUACUACUUUAGAAGCGCAGGAUACAUCCUCCUACUCUUCUUUUUAGGUUUUGCAACAAUCGAGGCGUUUUGUACCAAUUUUCAGACACUAUGGAUGCAAUGGUGGGUGGAGGCGAAUGAAGAACAAUCGAAUCAACAACUAGGGAUGUACUUGGGUGUGUAUGCCAUGAUCUUUGGACUUACCUUUCUGGCUAUUGUAGCGGGUUGCUGGCUACUAUUUGUACGGAUCCUCAAUAACACAUCACUAAAUCUACAUUCUGAUCUCCUCAGGUCUGCUUUGGGGGCACCAGUCACUUUCUUCCAAGGUAUAGACACAGGAUCGAUGAUCAAUCGGUUCAGUCAGGAUUUGGAACUAGUCGACAUGAUGUUACCUAUAUAUGCCGUUAAUUUUGUCAUGAGUCUCCUGACCGUUCUCGUCAACAUGGCUAUCAUCUGCACUUUGGGAAAGUAUCUAGGAGCCUCGAUCCCAUUGUUCGGAUUAAUCCUCUACUUCCUCCAGUCAUAUUACCUGCGUACCCCUCGACAGGUCCGUCUGCUGGACAUUGAGGCCAAGGCACCACCCUAUGCCCAUUUUCUUGAAACGAUACACGGUAUCUCCAGUAUCUGCGCCUUCGGCUGGGAUGAGCAGUUCCGGAACAAGAGCCAAUUCCUAUUGAAUCGAUCCCAGCGACCAAUACUUGGUAGUAGGGAUGAUAGCAGUCCUUCUAUGCAUACUUUGACUCUCCUUCUGACACUCAAUCAGACCUUGACUCAGGCCAUCAAGAUGUGGACCAUGACCGAAAUCUCCAUUGGCGCUGUCACACGCAUUCAACGUUUUAUCGAGGAUACUCCUUCGAGUAGACGCAAUGCGUCUCCUCCUCCCCCUGAUUGGCCUUUGUGGGGUGCGGUAAAUUUCCACGAUGUGACUUCUGGGUUCGGGCAGUCAAGCCCUCACCGAGAACGUGCGACACGUGAAGAUAUUCCCGAGUACCGGACAGGCGCUGAGCAUGACACCUAA